GCGCAGGUUCACAGUCCUGUCUUCACCUCCAUGCUCCACAGCGGAGACCAAUAAUGGGGCCAAACAGUCAAGCACUCAAACACAGAUCCUCACAUGACACAGAGAGGGAAUUCGGAGGAUCCCUGGGUGCAAUAUGCAUUCCCAUCCUUCUUCCGUUAACGGUGCUUUUCCUGAUCUCUGUGAGUCGAUCCCCUGAGGCCAGCCUGCUCCAGUUUCCCCCUCCUCUCCCCUCCACUAACCAGUUGUGGGACUCUCUGGCCCCUGUGCUCCUGGUGGGCUGGAUGAGUCUGCACGCCUGCCUCUACCUGCUGCCAUUAGGAAAGGUGUCUGAAGGAUUAGUGCUGAGGGAUGGAAAGCGUCUCAAGUAUCCCAUUAAUGGUUUUCAUGGCCUGUGCAUCAGCGGUGUGUUGCUGCUGUUGUUACUGAUGCUCGGGGCUCCUCUGGGGUAUCUGUUUGAGCUGCUGUUGCCUCUGGCGGUGUGUGCAAUAGGAGUCUCAUUCCUUCUCUCCGUCUACCUCUACGUCCGCUCUUUUUGGGCUCCCCAUCACGCUCUCGCUUUGGGGGGCAACACAGGAAAUCCUCUGUAUGACUUCUUCAUCGGGCGGGAGCUGAACCCUCGGAUCGGAAACUUUGACCUGAAAUAUUUCUGUGAGCUCAGACCGGGUCUGAUUGGCUGGGUGGUCAUAAACCUCGGCAUGAUGAUGAAAGAGGUGGAGCUGCGAGGAUCCCCCUCCCUCGCCAUGAUACUGGUCAACUGUUUCCAGCUGCUGUAUGUGGCAGACGCUCUGUGGAAUGAGGAGGCUGUUCUGACAACCAUGGACAUCGUGCAUGAUGGUUUUGGCUUCAUGCUGGUCUUUGGAGACCUGGCCUGGGUUCCCUUCACAUACGGCCUGCAGGCAGCUUUUCUGGUCGUGCACCCACAGGCUCUCAGUUCACUCGGAGCCGCAGCUAUAAUAACACUGAACGGUAUUGGAUAUUACAUCUUCAGAAAAUCCAACUCACAGAAGAACCAGUUCAGACGAGACCCAACGCAUCCAAGUGUUGCACGACUGGAGACCAUCGCCACAGCAACAGGGAAGCGUUUGCUGGUGUCCGGCUGGUGGGGUCUCGUUCGUCAUCCUAAUUACCUCGGUGACCUCCUCAUGGCCCUGGCGUGGUCCCUGCCCUGUGGAUUCUCACAUCUGCUGCCUUAUUUCUAUGUCGUAUAUUUCACCGUCUUGCUGAUUCACCGAGAGGCCCGCGAUGAGAAACAGUGUAGGGCCAAAUACGGACUAGCGUGGGACACCUACUGUCGACGUGUGCCCUACAGGAUCUUCCCUUAUAUAUAUUGAAAAGGAAACAAAAGUGGAUUCAACCCUUGUGGUGUCUUUGAGUUCACAUGAACGUAGCAAUAACUUGAAAUCCAUAAAUCCAUUAUUAUAUUAUAUGAACCUCAGUGCUGCUACUGGGAAUCUGCAGGGAGCUCACAAUUUAAACCAGCUUAAUUCGUAAGGCUGCUGUUCAGUUACAAAAUUAUAUUUGAUGAAUCACUACUCAGAUUUAGGCUAAAUCAAUGCAUUUUGAACUUGAAACCUCACAGGAAUAUGAUAUAAGUCAGUGUGCAUUAUACAAGUUACUUCUAAAACAUUCCACCAUAAAAGGUGAAAGUAUAGCAGCAUAUUGCUGAUGGUUAGGCACUGAGUGGAUUUUUUUCUUCUUUUAAACACAUAUUAUACAAAGCUUGUUAUAACUUACCAACGUAUCAUGUUUUAACAAGAAUUUCUUUUAAAAUGUUCAUUCUUGUGAAAUAAUGAGGUUUGCAUUAAGAUAAUUAUGUUGUUAUUACAAGACAAGAAUCUUUCUAAAACGGAAUGAUUCAGUAUCUAGCAGUAAUAACAAGAAACAUGAAACUAUCUUAUUUCAACAUGAAAAGGAUUGUGUUAAAACGAGAAAAGUUUCUUAUUAUAACAAGAAAUUGAACAAAGUUUUCUUUGUCAUGGUGGCAACAAUACGCUCCCAAGCUGUAUACCAGAAAAAAUAUGCCAACUUUGAGAUUCUUUUCUCAUAAAAAUGAGAUAAGUUCUUGGAAAAAACAGAUCAUUUUAAUGCAAAAAGUAUAAGUUCAACAAAUACAAUGUAAUCCCAUGUAAAAAUCAGUGCCUUCAAUCAAAAAACUCGGUCCCAUCAUUUUUAUCAUGUUUUUUACAGUGUCUUCUUUAUUGUUAAGUGUAUGAAAUAUGAAAUACAGCUGAAAUAAAACACAAAACAGCGAACAACA